AAAGAAUAGUACUGUACUGCUAUUUAAAGUACUGUAAUGUUCUAUAGUGAAUGCAAUAAAAUGACUUGUAGACUGUGGUAUAAUGGAAACAAUAUAUACAUGUAAUUAGAUAUUUUACUUACUAGGCUUGUUGACUUUUGUGUAUAGUAGAGAACCAGAUCAUGAUUUUAUUUUAUACAUGAAUGCAUUCAUUUAAGAUGAUAGACUGUACAGUUCCAUUAAGGAACUUUUAUUAGAUGCUGGCUUAGCUUCUGUAUUAGCCCAUAAAUUUGAUUUUUUUUUCAGACAGAGUGCAAUGUACAAAGUUAAAAGUUGACAUGCAGCUAGUGUCAAAAUGCAUGAACUCUUCACACAAGUCCUCUCGCACAAGGAUCUCUCAAAGGCUGGUGAUUUGUUUAAUGUGUCCGACCACUUGAUUGUAAACGAUCUCACCGAUGUCGUUAAUAAAAUUUUGGAAAUUGCCAGCUUGCCUGAGUAUACGCGAAAUGACAAUGACCAGAGCGUUGUUGAGAUUUGUAUUACUCGUGUCACAUCUGCCAUCAGGGAAACUGGAAGUAUUGAGCAGCAUGCAGAGGCCCUUGUGGCCCUCCUGCAGACUUGUCUCAACCACAACCUCCGACCGUCUGCACGUGACCAUGACCCUCCACAUGCUAAGAUUGCUUCUGAUGUGGUCUCUUGCAUCUUCUUGAACUAUCACAAACGAGGGGUGAUGGCCUUGGCACUUCCUGUAGCGGUAAAAUUUCUUCAUAAAGGAAAUCGUGAACUGAGCCGCAACAUGAGUUCCUACCUCUCCUUGGCAGCCAUUGAGGCAGCUGAUCUCCUGGCCCUACAUAUUCAGCCUAUUAUUGACUCUGUGAUAUCAGGCAACUACUCGCUGUCCCGUGUACUGCCGCAGAUAUAUGCCGUUAAGAAAGAACCUAUACAUGACCAUGUGAUGACUCUGGUGUCUCUCCUGCCUCAGUGUGAUACUAAUGAAAAACUUGGACUCCUCAUGCUUUUCUCACUUGUUGCCAAGAACAGACCGGCACUUCUUGAACCAUCACUGCCACAACUAGUCGAGUGUCUGAGCAUCAGCGGUACAUCUAUGGCCACCUUGCAGAUAUUUGUGGAAUUAUGUGCUUGGCGACCUCACCCGUUCUCAGAACAUGUGACCAGACUGAAGAGUAUAGUAGAGCAGCAGCCUCACUGUCUUGCCCUUGCCUUGCAGGUGAUGGCUGCAGUAGGGAGAAUCAGCAAGGAGAAAGGCAAGAGUUCCUUGGAUUACAUUGCUCAACAACUUCCCAAAGUUGACUCAAAUAGUUUAGGUGUUGUUUUGCGUGAGGUGCAAGUGUUAUGUAGCCAGUACCCAGCACUCCUGGUGGAAUCCGAGUCCUUACUUACUGCUGUUAACAAGUGUACAGACCGCUCCAACACUUCUGCCAGAGUCUACAUCCAGCAACUGAAUAAUGAGUACAAUGAAAUAAGAAACACCAAUGUAAACCACACACCGGGUGGGGUGACCAUUGUUCGUGUGGGUGGUAGUGGUGGGAAAACAGAUGCUGUGGUUGGCUCAAGUCGCACAGAUCUCAGCCUUGCUACGCGUGACCUGAGUAUAUUCCAGCCUCAUUCAUCAAGUGCAACUGGUGUUGGAAAAUUUGGCAACAAAUACCAGAAGCACAGUGACACUUCGAGAAGUACCGGGCGACUGGUCACAGCCUCCAAUAGGUCCAUGCCCAGAUUAAAUGCUUUGCCUCAAAGUACUGGUCGCCUCGGAUCAUCCUCUAUUCAACUGAACAAAUCCAUGACACGCCUUAGUUCCUCACAUGGUAUGCACAUGAAUCGCUCAAUCACUGUUCUUGCCCCUCCAUCACGUCACUUUUCUGGCCAUCUUGGACCAAGUUCAGGGCACUUGGGCCAUGGUUCAGUUACUGGCCACCAUCUAAGCGGAUCUCAAGUUGGUGGCUCGCAGAUUGGAGUGUCACGGUUGGUGUCUAGUCCCCCUCCACCUCAUGGCAUUCCUUUGUCUGCUAUAUCACCACUUCCAGGAACAGUGAGUCCUACCAAGAGUAUGAGCUCUUCAUUAGCAACACUACGAGAGGGAGCUGGAGAGCUUUGUGCUUCAUCAGGCGUGCUAGGUGGUCCCCACCAGUCUCAAGUAACGCUCCUGCCUCCAGAUCUGCCUCACACAACCACAGUAACAUCCAUUGGCCAUCAUACUUUGUCACUGCCACUCCACUUGUCAUCUCGAGAACUUGCUCCCUCUUCAUUGGCAGUGACGGUGUCCGGUGUAGGGGGCGUGAUUGCUCACCUCAGGCACUCCCAGUCACCACUCUCGCUGCCUCCCUCCACUGUUUCAUCCACCACCACCACCACAGCUACCACAACCACCCUACACUCUUCAUCUGGGAGUUGUGUUACAAGUGGGCAUAGUGUGGCCACGCGAUCCAACACAACCCUGACACACAUCACCAAUGCCCAACACACCACGACCACCAAUGCCUGCACUCAGCGAAUCAGUGUCUUUGAACCAUUUGCUAUGAGAGAUACAGUACAGCAUUUUUGUGAAAAGCACCUGGACAAGAUUAAGGCCUACAUGCAGAAAGUUUUUGUCAAACUCCCACUGCCUGUGCGUUGUGGUAUUGAAGAGAGAAAAAAUAAAAAGCAUGCCAAGCUGUACUUUGCAUGUCAGGGUAAAGGUGAACAUUGCCUCUACAAUAAACAUCUCUUCACUAUGAAGACCAGAAAUCCAAGGGUCUGGAUUCAUCUCAUGUUUCUUGCUCUUCAGGCUCGGUCAUGCGUGGCCCUGAGUACCAGAGAGAUGCAGGUGAGCAGCCUCAAAAAUUGCUGGGACAUUCUCAAGUGUGAUACCAAGACGUUUGUCACUCUGGUUACCUCUGCCUUCCCUUCUGCAAAGGUCAGUCAUUUAGUUUUUGACUUUGUAAAUUUUAUUUCUUGUUCUCUCUGAAAACUCAUUUACUGAUGAGAAUUUAUUAACAUUAAAUCAUGUCUAGACAUUUCAGCUACUUUCAUAAUAGAUGUUGAAAAAAGUACUUGCAGUUUGUUGAAUAAAGCUAGGUUCAUUAGAGCACAGUGCUAAUGGCAAUAUAAGGAAACACCAAGGAAAUUGUAGACUGUAUUGAAGAUUUUACCUAC